GGAAAAAAAAACAACAACAAGAGCAACAAAAACAACCUACAGCUCUACCUCCACCUCCACAUCUUAAUCUUCAUCUUCAUCUUCAUUUUCAUCUACAUAUAUCUCCACAUUCACAUAUACAUCCACCUUCACCUUCACUUUCACCUUAAUCUUAAUCUUAAUCUUAAUCUCCUUUUUCUUUUUCUACUUUAGUUCUCUAUUUGGGAAUCUCAACCCUACUUCUCAUAUUUCUAUUUUUGGUUUCUGAUGCGAACAGGGCCUUUUCUUUAUUAUACUCUUGCCUUAUCGGUGGGACUAUUGAUGGCUGUUGAAGGAUCUCCAGCCAGUAACCAUGAUAGCAGCAAAAACACCGGUGAAAGCCACGACCACAGUCACCAUGGGUCUGGUUCUACUGACGAGUUUGUGAAGGUUGACGGCCAGGGGUUCACUCGUCUUGGAAAACCCUAUCUUAUUGCUGGAGCCAAUUACUGGCAAGGCAUGAAUUUGGGAGCAGACAAGUGCAAUGGUGGCGACCGUGAUCGUUUGACAAAGGAAAUAAAACAAAUGGCAUCUAUGGGUAUUAACAAUCUCCGUGUCAUGGCUGCUUCUGAGGGUCCAGAUGACCAGCCCUAUCGUAUGCGUCCGUCUCUCAUGCCAGCUCCAGGAAAAUACAACGAAGCCAUCUUUGUUGGUUUGGACUAUCUUCUGGACACCAUGGGUCGUUACAAUAUGACGGCUGUUAUGACAUUGAACAACUUUUGGCAUUGGAGUGGAGGAUUCUCUCAAUAUAUUGCCUGGGUAACCAACAACCAAACCAUUCCUUAUCCUGACGCAGACGACAAGUGGGGUAUAUUUACCGACUUUUCGGCACGGUUCUACAACGAUAGCAGUGUAAGCCACAAAGCCAAUGCGAUGUAUCAACAGCACAUCAAGACAGUCCAGUCUCGCCGCAAUACAAUCAACGGAAAGCUGUACCGUGAGGAUCCUGUGAUCAUGUCAUGGCAGAUUGCAAAUGAGCCUCAGUUGGGCCCUGCAUGGUGGUAUAAACAAACUGCCGAUGUGAUCAAGAAAGGUGCACCCCUUCAACUCACGACGACUGGCAUCGAAAGUAAAGUAGACGAAUUCGAUUUUAUGAAUGCCCACACACCAGAAAGUGUUGACUAUUGCACAUGCCAUUGCUGGGUUGAAAACUGGGGUGUCUACAAUGCAAGUGAUCCCAAGGGCUUGGAUAGUGCUCUGGAGUAUGUCCAUGACUAUACGAUUUCCAGAGCUGGCUGGGCUGACAAGAUCUCAAAGCCGAUUGUCAUGGAAGAAUUUGGCAUGGCCCGUGACGCUUGGAAGAACCCUGGCUCGUUAAAGUACAAAUAUGACCCUUCAACCACCACGAGCCACAAGGACACGUACUACAAAGCAAUCUACGACCAAAUUUACAGUCUUGCAAAGAACAAGAGCUUUUCGGGAUCAAAUUUCUGGGCUUACAGUGGUAUUGGCCGAUCAACAGAUCAACCCAACUCGCAUGGCAUGGUCUGGCUUGGUGAUCCACCACACGAACCGAGGGGCUGGUAUGGUGUGUAUGACAAGGAUUCGACAGUUGAUGUUAUCAAGAACUACUGCAGCAAGAUGAAGGAACUUGAGAACUAAUCAUUUUAAUCGAUUGUUGACUUAUUAUCAUUGUUAUCUUUCUUAUCUUUACGAAUAAAAAAAUUAUCAGUUUUAUCAAUAUUAUC